CGGAUUAGCUCUCUCGGAGGAGGCGUCCCGUAGCGAUUGACGUCGUCGUCUGGCCCCGAGGAGCCGCGCUGGCCCGGCCACAAACGAGUUCUGAGAGCUGCCGACGUGACAGUGCCGCUGGAGAGUGCGCUGCGCCGUGUCCUCUACCGUCUCACCGAAUCAAGAUGAACCGCUGUACCCCGCCACCACUGCUGGUGCUGCUGGUGCUGGUGUGUGUGCUGGUGACCGUGGCACCAGCCGCCGCCAGCCCCGCCCUGCGUCGGUCCGAGCGGGACGCGAUAACCUGUUUCUCGGUACACGAGACGUUCCGACUCGGAGAGGUGUUCUCCGAUGAGCACUGCAGGAGGGUCAAGUGCAUCGAGUUCCUGGGCGAGGGCUUCGUCAUCGAGGUGGAAAAGUGUCCUCUGCCGGACAUUCCGGAGGGAGCCGACUGCACGAUGACCGAGCCCACCGAGGAGCGUUUCCCGCUCUGCUGCCCCAAGGCGGUCUGUGGAGCCGUCUAAAGGGGCGCUGAACACACUGCAGAGACGG